AUGAGAGUACCGUUGACAAAGCAUGAACCAUCUAGCAAGUAUUCAUGGAGACAACAUGUAGAACGACAAUUAGCAACAGCAAGAGCUAAAUUUGGCGGUGAAGAAGCUCAAGAACCAAUGAGCGAUUAUGGCAGCGAUAUUGGUUAUUAUGGACCAGCACUUUUGGGAGGGCAGAAGUUCCGACUGUUGUUUGACACUGGCAGCUCUGACUUGUGGGUUCCGCAAAUAAAUUAUAAUAAUGGGAUGCCAACUACACAUAACACAUUUAAUCCUGAUAAAUCAUCAACUUUUAAAACUAAUCAUAAAAAGUUUUCAAUUACCUAUGGAAGUGGAAAUACAUCAGGAAUCGCUGCAACUGACGUGUUUGAAAUUGCUGGUUUUACCAUUAGGAGACAAACUUUCGGUCUCUCUGACGUAGUUUCUGAUGACUUUACUGACAGUCCAUUUGAUGGUAUUCUUGGUAUGGCUCUUGAUAAUUUAAGCUCAUUACGUGCCAAAACUCCAUUUCAAAAUUUAAUCGAUAGUGGUGAGGUUAAAUCUUCCGUAUUUAGCUUCGUACUCGGUAGUGUUAAGGAGGGCACCAAUAAAUCUGGUAACGAACUCAUUAUUGGUGGAAUUGACCCAAGAUUUUCUGAUAGCAUCUCAUAUAACUCACUUAAUUCUACUGACGGGUUCUGGCAAAUUCCCCUGGAUGAUGCCCAUGUGAAUAGAAAGUCAUUGGGAUUAAAUGGAAAGUCUGCCAUUAUUGAUACUGGAACAACACUUCUUAUCGUACCACCUCAAGAUGCAGAAUUUAUCCAUAGUUUAAUUCCCGGCGCUGAAAAUAAUGAUGGAACUUACUUAAUCCCAACUGAUACUUCGACUGUAGUGUCUUUAACCUUCGGUGGAAUUUCUUAUGAAAUCAAAACCGAACAUUUAGUUACCUAUGAUGCAGGAAACGGUUUAAGCGUUUCAGGUAUUCAAGGUGGAAGUGUGACUGGAUCUGAUGAUGUGUGGUUGGUUGGUGAUGUUUUCCUUAAAAAUGUAUGUAGCGCAUAUGAUGUCAACAAUCGUGCCGUAGGUUUUGCACCAUUGAACUAA